UUAUUAUAGUGAGCUUCACGCGAAACGCUCAGCACUUUUCUUAAGAUACCCGAACGACUGUAUUUUUGAGACCAUAAAAAAUUCUGUGAAUAGUCAAUGGUCUUCUUAGGAAUAACCCGGGUCCCCUGGCGGAUUUCGACCGGCAAAACACCAUUUAUUUACCGCCUGAGAGCAAAACUACCGCGCACCGCAUCUCCAAGCGGCUAUACGCUGACAGAAACACAGGACACCGAGACCAGUGGUCGGCCUCGGAACCCUCGCAGAACCUCACGGAAAUAUGCCAUAAAGUGGGCUUUGUUUUUCUUUUUGGAAAUGAAUCUUGAUGUGGUUGGCUUAUUUCAGUGCGCUAUUACACGCCGUCCUUCGGGGAAUUGUAUCGGAUGUCGGGCAAGUCGCUCUCUCCACUGUUCAACUAAUCCUCCUUAUUCCAGUACAGACCAAAAUAGGAAAUCAGAGAUGAUCGAAGUGGUGGCCUCCAUGUCCCGAGGCCCGGUAUUCCUGGCCGGGGAGCUGUUGGAGUGCCUUAUCACCUUCACCAAUCCUAUGUCCCAUCUGUCCACCUCAGCUAGCAGUGAGAUGCUGGCCUGGGCCAGUGCUCAGAUCCAUUGCCAGUUUCAUGCCAGUGAGAGCAGGGUGGCGCUGCCAGCCCAAGGCAACAAGGACGUUCAGGCCGAGAGCGACACCGUGCUGAUCCCCAGCAGGGGGGAGCGUGGACAGUGCAUGUUAGACACCCCCCCAAAGAUCCUAUUCUGUGACCUGCGGCUCGACCCAGGAGAGAGCAAAACCUACUCGUACAGUGAGGUGGUGCCGACUGACGGCCCCCCCAGCUUCCGCGGCCAGGCGGUGAAGUACGUCUACAAGCUAACCAUCGGCUGCCAGCGUGUCAACUCCCCCAUCAAGCUGCUCCGGGUGCCCUUCAGGGUGCUCGUCCUGCAGGGCAUGCCCGAGCCUCCCUCCCCCCAGGACGAGGAGGUGGCCCCCUCAAACCCCUUCCUGGAUGACGAAGAGACGGGUAGAAGAGACACCAGGCCUCUGGAGAAGGCCCUGGACAUGCUGAUGGUCACUACCUCACGCCGCUGUCCACACCUUUUCAAUAUCACUAACAUGCGGGGCAAGGUGGCAAAGUUCUGCAUCUUCAAGACGGUGUACAGAUUAGGGGAGGACAUCAUCGGGACCUUUAACUUCUCCGAGGGAGAUAUUCCCUGUCUGCAGUACACAGUCAGCCUACAGAGCGAGGAGGACGUCCAGCCCCAGUACCAACGCCGGCCCAACCAGUCAGCCAGCGUCACCAGCCACGGACGCCACCUUGAGUCAUGUUUGCACACGGCCUCCAGCCACUUUUCGCUGCCCAUCCCUCUCAACGUCACUCCAGGCUUCAGCACAGACAUCGUGAGCCUGAGGUGGCGGCUGCAUUUUGAGUUCGUGACGGCCCGGGAGCCAAUGGAGCCGCCCACUGUGCUGCAAAACCAAUCAGAGGUCACGGUGUGGACAGGGGCGGGCCUGGUGGACGUGGACACCUUCAGCUGGGAUUUACCCAUCAAAGUUCUGCCCACCAAUCCUACUCUGGUAUCUUAUGUCUCCCAGUUCUCUGGGACCAAUAGCAUUAAUAUUUAACUGGACUAAAAGAAGUUUAUUUUGACUAUUGUAUGUUUUGCAGUGCAGUUAAUUUCUCCAUCUCUAAGAUGUAUCUUGUGUCCAUCACCCAGUUGGAUUAACACCGUUUGGAGACGACCUGAGGCACAAACUGGUGUAACUGAACUAGGUCAGGUUACUUUUACUCAGUGCGACGGUUUCUAAGUAUUAUGUACGUAACUAUGGAAUCUCGGUUUCUGCUGAAUUAUUGUCUGUCUAAAUGUUUAUGUAAACUGUCAUUUAUUAAAAAGUAUUAUAUUUAAA